UUUGCGUUCUUUUCUUCAGUUUACAUUAAGAAAAAUUAAAUGUACAAUUUCAAGUGCUUUUCUAUAGAAAAUGUGUUCAGAGAAAAAAAGAAAAAUUUCGCAGUGGUGAAGCCAAGAAAAGCUGAAAGAAGAAAAUUGUGUAAUUUGUUCCACAAAUAUUCAAGCGCUUAGCUUUGCUGGUUAAAUAGUUUUUGGGGCUAUGCACAUGGAAUGCUCUUUAAAGUAAAAAAAAAAGAAGAUAUAUUUUAAGAAAAAAACAAACAUUUGGUCUUAAUUGAAAAAAAUUGUAAACAAAUUGUAACAAAGAUGCCCUUAAAAUUUCUUAAAAAGUAUCGUCAAUAUAAUGUGACUUCAAAGAGCCUGUUUGUCAUCUCGGUGCAUCAUUUAUUGGAUACCAGCACCACUGUAGAUUGCACGAUAUCGUCGGAAAGUAAAGGUCAAGAAUGUCUUGAUAAUGUGUGUCAACGGUUGCUAAUACAACAGCCUGAGUUCUUUGGUUUGCGUUACGUUGUCAAAGGAAAAGAGAAUGAAUUGAAAUGGGUUGAUUUGGAGCGAUCUUUGAGUCGUCAAUUGGAAAAAUAUGCAGCCGGUACAAAAAUCUUUCUACGUGUUCGCCAUUAUGUAACAACAGGCGUAAGACACUUAAGUGAUGAAGUAACGCGUUACUAUUAUUUUCUACAAUUGAAAAACGAUAUUUAUGAGGGUAAAAUUGCUUGCGAUAUACGUACCGCUAUACUACUGGCACUUUACUGUCGUCAAGCUGAAUACGACAGUUAUCAAAGCGACAAACAAAGCAAAGAUUAUUUGAAAAAAUCGUUAGUCUUACCCAAAAAUCUUCAAGGUUUAGCAAACGACGAUAAUCUACUUGACAGUCUCAUACUUGAAGUCUUGCAGCAACAUUCGGGCAUACAACGCCUAACUACUUCGCAAGCAGAAGAAAUGUACAUACAGUGCUGUCAGCAGCUAGAGGGUUACGGUGAAGAACGUUUUCAAGCCAAGGAUAAUUUAGGCAAUGACCUAACUUUGGGCUUAGCAAUUAAUGGUAUGGUUGUUAGUGCUGAAAACGGCAGACAAUAUUUUCCUUGGAAAGACUUUCAUACAGUAACUAUAGAUAAACGCACUAUACGCAUCGAACAGAAUAAGGCGGACGGAUCUUUAUUUGUCGGCUCUUUUAUAUUCUCUGAAGCCGAUACAGCUCGUUACUUUUGGAAACUUUGCAUAACGCAACAUAAAUUUUUUAAGCGCCAUAUCGAUGAAGAUUCACCAAGUAUGGGCGAAGUUGAGAGUGCAAACGGUAUUUCAUUAAGCGGUCUUGGAGCGGAUACUCUAAAUUCAACCUCUUUUAGUGGAUACGAUUUAACCGAUUCCCGUGAAGAUUUAUUGUUGGAACAACGUGCUAUCUAUACUUCGGGAUCUUCAACCAAUACGGUAUCUAUUGGUAAUCAUUAUCAAACUCAACAGGGGCAGGAAUAUAUGUCAGUAGCGCCAUCGCAAAUGAUGAAUCCUCACAGUUCAGCUUUAAUGUCUUCCAAUAUAUCUUUGACUGCUAGCCAUCAGUCCGGAGGAGGUGGUAGUAGCGGGCGUGGAACUCACGACAGCAAUGGUGUAAACGGUAGCGCAAUGCAUGUAGGACGUAUAGCCGGUGGCGGUGGUAUAGGAAUAGGAGCAACAACGAGCAGUCCCUUGGGGCAAAACUGGCUGAGUAAAGAAUACUCUCACGACUAUGUUUCGUCAUCUCAGCAUAUAUCAGAUAAAAAUUUGGAUACCCGUCUGCAGAGUAGCUCUUGCCAGGACUUAAGCAAUAACAAUAAUUUACAUAGCAGUUCCAGUUUUUUAAGCCACACAAACAGCAAUAACGCUAGCGGUCACAUAUUAUCUGUCGAUGCUCAUGAAAGAGAACGUCUGAAAGCUAUGCUUCCUACGUACAGGCCUGCACCCGAUUAUGAAACUGCAGUACAAUUAAAGUACAGAACACCAUCUAAUGAGUUGCAUAAUUUCAAUCAAUUACAGUAUCAGGCUGCCCAUAAUAAUGCAGCUGCUUACUAUGCUGGUUCACAGCCCGACGUCCAUCAGGCAACCGCGGGUAUGUAUGGUGAGGGUUUGCUUUUGGGUCAUUUGCAAGCUCAUCGUUACCCUGACGUAGCUCAACCAGCCGCCGCGAUGCAUGCUCAUCAUCAUUUAAGUGCUGCGGCGGCUGCCGUUGCUUCUGGCGUCAAUCUUUCAGCGGGCAACAAUGUCUACAUCGAUCUAUCGCAGCGCUUGCAAAUGAUUAGAUCAAAGUCGCCACCCCCUUAUCCCGUCAAUCGAUUAAGUUCUUCUUCAACACCAGACUUAGCGGUUGCAUCCCAUCGGCCAUUGUUAGGUUACAGAGCUUAUGUAUCCGGUUCUUCGCCCGAUUUAGUAUCAAAUAGAAAUCUUCUAAAUACACAAUAUCCUUACGCAAGUAGCGGUGUAGCAGGUAACAGUAAUAUCACAACCUCUUCGGGUGCGACAAUGAUACAUCAAUAUCCCUACAUUGGACAUAUGGGCCAUUCGCAAACUUAUUUACCGCCACAUGGUACUUUCGAAAAUCUUAAUAUGAUUGAGGAGCAACCGUCCAUUAUGUCACAACUUAGGCAGUCCUCUUUAGGUCAGGCAGCAGCGACGGCAGCUAGUCAAACUUAUGAAACGCAAAAUUCACCUACAAUACCUAUAGCAGGUUAUAGGACCACGACUGUAACGACGUCACAAACUACGCAACCAGCUGACUUACAACACAAUGCCAUAAAUGGUUCCAUUGAACCUAUAUACGAAAAUGUACCACUGCCACAAUAUAGCAAUGGUAACAACAACAACACAACUUCUACUGCGCAACAGCUCCGAGAUGACGAACAAAGGUCGUCGAGCUCUUCGGCUAAUAAUAGUGAAACGCUUAGCGUAAGAAAUCGUAUAUCAACAAUAAGUGGGCCUCAAAAACAAUCUUCGUCGACACACCUACAGCAGGAUGACGAACCCGAUGAAAUUUCUAUGAACAUAAAAAAAUUCAAUCAUCAAAAACGAAACGAACGGGCGGCCAGCACUGAAAUGCAACUACUAGAGCCAACACCACCGCAACGAACCAUGAGGGCAGCAUCGGCAGCUCCUGCAUUGGGCAGUGAACAACCUAUAAAAAUGACUCCCCCUCCUCGACAACAUAAAGGGUUGAAAAAUAUCAACUCUUUAGCAGCAGUAGAUGUUAUACAACCCUCAUCUGCGGUGACGGUUACGAACACCUUAUCGCAUAACGAUUCCAUCGCGCAGCAGUUUUCGGCUAUGAAUUUAUCUAACAACUCGUCAUCCAUACAUAGUAGCAUCUUGGAUAGCACCACGAAGAGCACAAACACGACAACUUCGUCCACAAAAACUGAAAAACAACGCAAAAAACGUUGGAACUUUUUGGGACGCAGCAAAACGCCCGAUAAACAAAAGUCAGCUACACUGGGUCGAGAAAAAGCCUACACUAACAGUAAAUUGCAGAAAAUCAAAUUAGCUCAAGAUGAUCUAAAUUUGCAUCAUCGAUGGUCGACUGGUGUGCCAAAAUUACAACCCAUUUCCGGGCAAUAUUCCAAGGAUAAAUUGUGUCAAAUUCUUCACGAUAAAGUGAAUGAUUCUCAACUUUUUAUGGAAUUUGAGGCCAUACCCAAGCGUCGCGAACUUGCUCGUUAUGAAUGCGCCCUAAUGGAAGAGAACGCUAUGAAAAAUUCCGACCCCAAUUUCUUACCAUACGAUGAUAAUCGUGUACGUUUAACACCGACCAUGGAGAAUAGACAUGGUUACGUCAACGCUUCGCAUAUAUCGGCCACUGUGGGUACUAAGCAGCGCUUCUAUAUAGUCGCUCAAUCGCCGCAUGAUGAUUUGACGACACGCAUUUUCUGGCAAUGCGUUUGGGAAGCAGAUGUUUACCUAGUAGUUCAACUUUCGGACGAGUUAAAUUACAUACCACCCACUAGCAAUCAACGUAUGGAGUUUGGUCUGUUCCAAGUAUAUCAGGAAUUUUCACAAACUACCGAUCGUUGCAUAACAAGUAAAUUACGUUUAUAUAACAUGCAAUCGCGGCGUUACCGUUCCGUUUGGCAUUUGAAUUAUAUCGAUUGGGCUGAACAAAAUUGUCCACGUGAAGUGAAUCAUUUUCUUGAUUUUCUCGAGGAGUUGAACUCCGUACGUAUGGCUUCCAUAAACGAAGUGCCACCAGGUCAUAACACCAACCCGCCGGUACUUCUCCAUUGUCUGGAGGGAGGAGGACGAUCCGGCGUUACUUUAACAGCCGAUUUACUAUUAUAUACUCUAGAUCAUAAUGAAGAUUUAGAUAUACCUCGGGUCAUUGGCCAAUUACGACAUCAAAGGGAUAGCAUCAUACCUUGCUUGGCGCAAUAUAAAUUCAUUUAUAGCGUUCUAAUUACAUACUUAAAGAGAACGAGAUUGAUUUAGUGCUCGAUUCGAAAAUUACUUAGUGAGAAAAAAAUAGAAAAACAUACAAAACACGUCCAAUUCUUCUUACAAAAUUACUAACAAUAUGUUAAUUAGUAUUCGGUUCCAAUUUUUUUUCUAAUCAUUUAAAAAUUAAGUUAAAACGAACAACUUGUAGAUUUUUUUUUUUUUUGCCACUGUUAUACAAGGGUGCUUCCUUUGAAGAAAAUUUAUUAAUAGUAGUUGUAAAUAUAAAUUAAUGUCUUUGUAUUUUUUUUUUUUUUUUUUGUUAUUGUAUAAAAGAAAUGUGUAAGUAUUCAUUUAAACUGUAUUUUUCCUAAUAUUUUCAUAUUUAAACAUUUUUUUUUUGUUUAUAAUUUGUCGCAAACAUAAUUAAAUAUGUUGUAUGUUAGGAAAUAAGAACAAAUGUACGGUAAAUAAAAAACAAAUUAUGUGCCUUGCUUUCUAAGCUAAAAAUUAAAAUAAAAUUUA